ACCCCCGCUGGUCCCGUCACGUCAUUUAUUCCUUCGUAUUUCGACGCGUCUACCUGCACAAACGUUCUGGUUUCUUCCAGCAACUUCAACCGGAGACUCAAUUGAUCGCAACAGUUAACCCUAUUCUUCUCGAAUUUUCAAGUAGAAACAUUGACUAACUGUUCCGAGAGACGUAAGAGACAAGAAAACAAUUCAAAAGUCACCUGGCAUCACUUCUCACAAUCUACAAAAUGUUCGUCGUAACGAUGUCAACCAGAACGGCAGCGGCCGCCUAUCUUUUCUUCCUACUCGUCUCAUUGGCCAACACCGCCGUCCUCAACAGGUCAUAUGUGGAACGAAGCGCUGAGAAAAUGAAUGACGAUGCCAAUAUGUACACAGACAUUGAACUGAUUGAAGAUUACCCAAUGAAACCCGUAACAAUAUUUGACAUUUUAAAGCGCGUUCUGGCCCAAAAACCUGCGCCACCUGAACCGACUGAGCUAAUAAAGACUCCAUUCAGGAAGAGGACGUGCUACUUCAAUGCAGGAAUGUCUCACAGUUGCGACUACAAGGAGCUGCUCCAGUCGGCUGACGACGCCAACCAUUGGAGCAGCGAACACACUCCGGGCAAGCGCCGGAAGCGUUCUUCCCGCCGCGGACGAGCGCCGGCAGCGCGUUCCGCCGAUGAGCAACAACGUCCGGCACCAACACUCUGAGAGGAGAGAGAAAGCGAGAGAGAUAAUAAUCCAACCCACCUUUCACCUUUACAUAACCAGCCAACAAAUACACCGAAAAGACGAUUCAUUUAACCCCACCCUGGCCACUUAAUAUACACACGGACAACACAUUUAA